AUGUCUAUCCUAUACCUCCUUACUCUGGCAGCUGUCGUCUGCGCCCAGAAUUCGAGCAGCGCUGAAGUGACAACGGAUUCGCUCUCAAAAAAGCUCCAGCCCAUUAACUACGGUGCAUUCACGCAAACUGCUACAUACUCGGUGGCCAACCAACUCGGUUUCUUCCAGGCCUAUGGUCUCAAUGUCACCUAUCUUCAAGUCCCGAACUCAACAUAUGGGUACAACCAGUUGCUCAAUGGCGGAUACGAUAUCAUGACAGGGACCGUUGACAAUGCCGUCAAUCUGCGUUUCAAUCAACAGCAGCCGCUGACAGUGACGGGUCAGCUUGACGGUGGACCGGAAUUGACCAUUGCAUCUAUCCCUUCCGUCACUUCCAUUUCUCAACUCAAAGGCAAGGCGUUGAUGGUGGACUCUCCCGUGAGCGGAUACGCAUACAUCCUUCGAAAGGUCCUUGCUUUGUACGGGCUUUACCUUGAAAACGGCGACUACACCUUUCAAGUUGUUGGAUCGACGGUGAUCCGUUAUGCUGAUCUUGUCAACGGCACUCUUCCCGAUGGUACUCCCGUCUACGCCACAAUCUUCACGUAUCCCUUUACCAGCGAAGGAAGUGUUCUACCUGCCGCACAACGUCCUAACAUCCUCGCAUCCAUCGUCGACUUCAUCCAACCGUUCACUUCGUCAGCAUUUACCAUUCGCGAGGAUGCCCUCAACAACUCUACGCAGCGUGCGCUUGCGAGGAAGUUUAUGUCUGCGAUGUAUGCAGCAAACAAGUACCUAGCCAAUCCCUCAUACAAGACAUGUUCCAUCAACGCAAUCGCGAAGCAGCUGAACGUAUCGACGACGGCAGCCACUUCUGCGUAUAAAUCAGCCACUGAUCCUUUGACGGGCGAAACAUCGUCUCCAGGAGGAAACUUCACAGUGAAUCGUCAGGGCAUACUAAACGUGAUUGACGUUCGAAGUCAGUUUGGGGGUUUCUCGACCGUACCUGCCGGCUUCAGCUUUGCCGAUGCAAUAAUUCCAGGAUCCGGCCAGCUCAUUGACUAUUCUCUCCUGGAUGAGGCACUCAGCUCUUUGGUCUUCUACACACCGUCCAGCAAAUGCUGA